AUGAUUACUCAGAAUGAAAUCCUGAGGAUUGCCUACCCGAACCAGAUUGUAUUUGGAGUCUUAGGGAACUCCUUCCUCAUAUUCUUUUACAGUUUUAAGUUGAACAGUGGUCGCAAAAAUAAAAAAUCCAUAAUUCUGAUUCUCAUACAUUUUCUCUUUACCAAUAUAAUUUUGCUCCUUUUCAGGGGAAUUCCCAAGACCUUUGAAGUUUGGGAAUUAAAAUAUUUUGUGGAUUAUCCUGGGAGUAUAUUUCUAAUUUACAUGCAGAGAGUGGCUCGUAGUCUUUCUCUCUGCAGUUGCACCCUCCUAAGCGUCUUCCAGGCCAUCACCAUCAGUCCAAGCAGUCUCAGAAUAGCAGAGCUAAAAACCAGAGCACUGAAAUGUAUCUUUUUCUGUUGUCUUCUCUGUUGGGUCCUGAAUCUGCUGGCAGAUAUAGUUCUGCCUUUGUAUGUCAUUGUUCUCGGGAACAGAACACACAGUAAAGUGGACCACAACAUUGGAUUUGGUGCCUUAGAUCUCCAUGAAAUGAAGACUACAAUAUUCCUGAUCUGGAAGUUUGCUUAUGAUGGAUUCUUUGUGAGUGUCAUGGCCAUUACCAGUGGCUUUAUUGUGCUUCUUUUGUAUAGACAUCACCAACGAGUUCAACACAUUCACAUGACUACGCUGUCUCAAAGAGGCUCUUCAGAGAUCCGUGCUGCCAAAGCCGUCUUGCUAUUGGUGAUCACCUUUGCUAGCUUUAACUUAAUGAGUUCCUUUUUUGUGAUGUAUAUGACUUUUUUAAAAGUUGCUAAUCCUAUGUUGCUUCAUGUCUCAGUUUUUCUUUCUCUGUUGUUUCCAACUGUCAGCCCCUUCCUACUGCUCAACAGUGACACUCAGAUUACAAGUUCCUACUGUGCCCAUUGA